AUGAUCGAGCUGAGCGUUAGUGGAGACGACUCUCUCCUGUGUGUUCAGGUCACAGGAGGCUCCAGCGGCAUCGGCAAGUGCAUCGCCAUCGAGUGCUACAAGCAGGGAGCGUUCAUCACGCUGGUGGCUCGCAAUGAGGAGAAGUUGCUGCAGGCGAAGAAAGAAAUCGAAAGCCACUCUAUUAAUGACAAGCAGGUGGUGCUCUGUAUAUCAGUCGACAUAUCUCAAGACUACAACCAGGUGGAGAAUGUCAUAAAACAGGCACAGGAGAAGCUGGGCCCUGUGGACAUGCUUGUGAACUGUGCAGGAAUGUCAGUUUCAGGAAAAUUUGAAGACCUUGAAGUUAGUAGUUUCGAAAGACUGAUGAGCAUCAACUACCUGGGCAGUGUGUACCCCAGCCGGGCCGUGAUCACCACCAUGAAGGAGCGCCGUGUGGGCAGGAUCGUCUUCGUGUCCUCCCAGGCCGGGCAGCUGGGCCUGUUCGGGUUCACAGCCUACUCGUCCUCCAAGUUUGCCAUCAGGGGACUGGCCGAAGCAUUGCAGAUGGAGGUGAAGCCAUAUAACGUCUACAUCACAGUUGCCUACCCGCCGGACACCGACACCCCUGGUUUUGCAGAAGAAAACAAAACAAAGCCUUUGGAGACUCGUCUUAUUUCUGAGACCACAUCUAUUUGCAAACCGGAGCAGGUGGCCAAGCAAAUUGUUAAAGAUGCCAUACAAGGAAAUUUCAACAGUUCCAUUGGCUCAGACGGGUACAUGCUCUCAGCUCUGACCUGUGGGAUGGCCCCAGUGACUUCCAUCACCGAGGGGCUCCAGCAGGUGGUCACCAUGGGCCUCUUCCGAACCAUCGCUCUGUUUUACCUUGGAAGCUUCGACAGCAUAGUUCGUCGCUGCAUGAUGCAGAGAGCAAAAUCUGAAGUUGCAGACAAAACUGCCUAAUUCUUAUUCCUUCGAGAAAGACUGUUUCAAAAUAGUUUGAACAGCUUGCUGCUACCUGGGACCCAGUUUUUUGAUCUACAGGCACUUGCGUGUUACUUUUGAAUACGUGAGACGGGACCAAUCUCUGCGGAGACCUGGCUGCGAGCAGGGUGGGGGUAGGCUCAUUUCCAGACACUACUACUAAUACUAUGCAAACACGGACUAGGGGAACGUAGGAUUCUCUGGCGCUGAGGCGGAGAGGCGAUGGUGGUUUGUGAGCAGGGUAAAGAACAGAAUUCCAGAGUCAUCGUUUAAAUUUUUGCUAUUUAUUCCUGUAAUUCCCCCCCACUCCCCGCCUUAGAGAUCAAGUGCAGAAAUGUACUUUAUGACUCAUAGGAGGUUUUGAGGAAUUUUUUUUAACCUUCCAUGAAAGGCAGUUUAUGGGUUUCUGGGCUUCUUUUUUUUAACAUGUUGAAUUUUAUUCCAGAUGAUUUUAUACAAUGCCAGUGAGCCUGAAUGCAUCAUAAUGUCCCUGGCUCGGGUGGGCCCUCCUGUCUUCCUUCUCUCUUUGAUCCCGUGAAACUACCAGGGGGAUGAGCGAGGCAGGCAGUGGAGGUGGGGAGUGGCAUUUUUCCCAGUAGGUGAAGAGAAUAAUGUUUCUUGUCUGCUUCAGACACAGAUGUUAGUGCACUUAUUAUUUCCCAUCCAUCCGUGGGGAAAGACAGCCUCCUAAAAUGUUUUCUGAAAAAUAAAAUCUUAGAAGCUUCAAGUUUACAAUUUCUUCCAUGCCACGAUAAACUACGCUCCCUGCAUCCGUGAUAGCAUCUCCGGUUUCAUUCCCCUGUGUCUUCCAUUCCAGUUUUGCUUAUCUGCUAUGAUAUUUUUGUAAAAAAAAAAAAAAA